UCAAUAAAUGUUUCCUUAGUCUGUUUUAGGCAACAUAGUCUCGUUUAGAGUCCAUGCACCGAGCAGCGGAGCGUUUUUGCUCGACAUUUUCGCAAACACUGUCACACCUAAAGAAUACCUGACAGGCGAACCGAUGAAAUUUAAAAGUGUUUGCAAAUUUAAAAUCAUGUGCGAAGAUUUACAGACAGUUAUGGUGCCGUUACCGGAUUGUGCGAGCGGAGAGUGGGGUCCGACGAAAGCUACAAGACUCUUUGGAUUGAUACCAAUAACACACCAGGAGGCUUUGAUUUUUGCUGGACGGGAACUUGAAAUACAAUUUAGAAUGUCGAGGCCUUUGAUAGAUUUUAUGGCGACGUUGCAUAAGAAUGGUAUCGAGGAAAAGAGAUUAUCAAAAUAUGUAUCCUACGCUAUAGCGGACAGUGAUAUGGUGACAUUUUCACUUUCUUUUCCCGAGGAAGGACAAUAUGGGUUGGAUAUAUACACAAGAGAAAUGGGUAGAACCCCAGAAAAAUACCUUCUCACUCACUGUUGCAAAUAUCUUAUAAACAGUUCUAAGAGAAACUAAAUCGAAUUCCUGUUAAUAUAUAUUAAUAUUCUUUUGUAAAGUAUUUUAAACUGUAUUGAUGAUGUAAACAGUUACACUUGUGUCAAUGAUUCGUAUUUUAUAUAUUGAUUUUUUACAAAUAAUGUUUUCUUAUAACUACAAAUUUAUAUUGUUUAAUUAAAUUAGUUUGAUAUUAAUUUUUUGCAAUGUAAUAUUAUACGAAAUGUUCAUGCCAAAAUGAAUCUGGCAUAAACGCAUUACAACAGAAAUUUUGCAUAAAAAGCACAUGAAUUUAUCGAUUGUUGGAAACGUAACUUUUUUAAUUGAGCAAUUUGUAAUAAUUUUUCACUAAUCCCAUGUACAAUGAUGAAUCUUUUAAAUAAACUUUACCAAUUCUCACACAUAUAACACAAUUUAAUGUACAAUAACCGAUUACACGAUCGCACUAAAAUAUGAUAAUUAAGCAGAGUUGCACCAUGUUCUCUGUUACAACGCGAAGAAGAACAUUGUUAUAUUAUAGCACACUAAUUAUUUAUUUUGACUAUGUUAUCUAUGGUAUAAAUAAAUGUAUAAUUAUUUUGCAAUAAUGUGUUUAUAUGUAAUAUUAUCAAUUGUAAUAAGUUCAUUAGUGAAAUAAUUGUUGUUAUGUACACUCCGAUAUAAAUAUUGUUAAUAUAAAUUAAUUGAAUGUUAUUUAUUUUGAUAAUAAAAUGUUGACA